CCUCCAACUUGACGGCAUCUCUUGGCUUCCAACCACUCCACUGCUCAACAUCGCCGUGUAGGUGUACGACAAGCACGACGGAAUCAUGGCUGCUGUCCCCAAAGAGCUCGUCCUUGCCAUCAUUGACUCCGUCCAAGACAUGCCCACUCUGGCCGCCGUCGCACGUACCUGUCGCUGCUUCCACGAAAUGACGCUUCCGUUCCUACACACCAAAGCCCUUGGCCGGGAUGACGCCGAGGUAGACAAGCUGAACAUGGUUACUGAUGACGACCCGUACACCCUUCCUUUGGUAUUAUGGGCCACUGCCUCCCGCGACUUGCCUCUCCUCGAGACGAUUCUCGCCUUACGGCCUUCGCACUUGACGGCACGCUUCCGCUAUCCAGCCACAACCUGCCGUGGCCACUGGCCCUGGCGGAGGGAUAUCGACGUGAGCGUAGGCCACACGACGGCGCUUCACAUUGCCGCCUCUACGGGCGACCUUUCCGUCCUACAGUGGUUGCUUCACCAUCACCACCCGUCGCCCUGCGGUGGCAGCCCGGCCCUUGAUCAGCUGUCACGAUACGCUUGCGUGUGCCCGUCACGUCAUCUGAUCAUUCUCCAGCUAUUCCACGUCAUCUACGAUCCAGAAGAGGCCCCCCGUGCUUCCCCCCUACACUUGGCUCUCUGCCAUGGCCACAUGGAUUGCGCUAGGCUGUUGAUCAAGUGUGGCGCCGACUGGUCUCGUCCGUUACCGGGGUCCCACGGCGUUACCGGCCUCAUGAUUAUAGUCGCCAACGGUCUGGUCCCUCUCUUUGAGUGGCUCCUCUCGCAAGGACUGAUCACGGCAGCCGCCGCCAACGAGCGGGACGACCUCGGCCUAGGAGCUCUCAACUACGCGUCUGCCUGCCGGGACGGUGCCGCGGCCGAGUCGAUGGCAAGGAGCUUAAUGCUCAUCAUCGGCAGGGGCGGUUCCACAGACCUGCAUGGCCCAAACUACGUCUACGAUAACGCAUCCCCAUCUACGGCGGACCAUGACGUCGAGCGGAACUACGAACAGAUUCGUAAGUACAGUCGAGACGUCGAGGCGUGCCCCGUCUAUACUGCCCGGUGCGCAGGCAACGACCGUCUCUUAAAGGAGCUCUGUCGAAGAAGCACACCCGACUACCACAAGGAGUGCCUGCUCACGGCGGACUGGCAGAUGAGGAAUGGUCAGCGCUGACAAGGCCGAGUGGCAACAAGCAGAGGGGACAUGUGUGUUAUUGCCAGCCGGUUCCAUCAAGGAUUCAUGGCAGCAAUGCGCUUUUCAAGCUGCUCGCCGCACCCUGUGUCGAUGGCAAUCCCGGAUGGGCUCCAUACGUCGCACCCAUGCCAGGAGGCUCGUGAGUUGUAUCGGAAAAGACGGCAAGUCGGAAUAGGUUCAGUUGACAGCAACUAUAAUGGCGACAGUGAGGAUAAGAGUGUCGGUGGAGGAAGUGUUAUGUGGGAUAGAAACUAGCCGUGUCCAAUCGCUUGUACCUAGAUAGGAAGUCAGUGCGGCCCUGGGCACACAGUACCUGCAGGCAUUUUACUCAAUAUCAGAAGCGCCGUUAGGAC